CAUUUCCCUGAUGCAGUCAAGUUCAACACUGAGCUCAUCUGUGCACCGAGUGUGCCGGCGACUUUAGCGCAACAUUGCAUGCGAGAUUCGUCUUUCCUUCCUUCCCCACUGACGCGAAGGAAGAUCAUCAUGACCAUCCUGCAUACUGCUAGCACGCCCGCAGAUGCCACCAAACCCCACGGGGUCGCAAUACCCCGCAUGUGAAACCCCACAAACCACCGUGAAUAAUAAGCUUGGCAAGGCUGGUAUAAAGACAGAUCAGAUGUCGAGACCUCCAUAGAACCCAGCGCCUUGAGCACUAUCUUUCUCUUCCUUCAAGCCAUCAUGACCGAUCAGACCAAGACCAAGACCAAGACCAAGAACUCUAGUGAGCACAUCGACACGAUCAGUGUCAAUGACCAGCCUAUCAAGCCACAGUAUGAAGAGCUUGACAAGUUCGGAGCAUCUCUGGUGAAGAGCCCUGCUGAGGUUGCUCUCGUGAAGAAGCUUGAUCGCUGGAUGAUGCCCAUUCUUUGGCUCAUGUACUUCCUUAACUUCCUCGACCGCAAUGCCAUUGUCAACGGCAAGAUCGAUAACAUGGAUAAGGACCUCAAACUCACAGGCGUUCAAUACAAUACUUGUGUCUCUAUCUUCUUCGUUGGAUACUUGGUCGGCCAGGUUCCCUCCAACAUGCUGCUCAACCGAAUCAGGCCCUCAUGGUACAUGUCCGGCUGGAUGAUGGCCUGGGCUAUCGUGUCUACGCUUAUGGCAGUCGUGAAGGACUACAAGGGCAUGCUUGCGUGUCGAUUCAUCCUUGGUAUCACCGAAGCGCCGUUCUAUCCUGGAGGAGUCUACUUGAUCUCCAUGUUCUACACCCGAAAAGAGAGUGCCACCAGGAUGUCGGUCUUCUACACUGGCAACCUGCUUGCUAGUGCAUUCUCUGGCUUGAUCGCAGCGCCCGUUUUCUCCGGUAUGGAAGGCAAACACGGCCUUGAAGGAUGGAGGUGGCUUUUCAUCAUCCAAGGUGCGAUCACUGUUGGCGUUGCUGUCCUCGCCUUUUUCAUGCUCCCCAACGCACCCCUCCAAACACGAUGGCUCACACAAGAGGAGCGCGAACUGGCCCACAGCAGGAUUGCCUUCGACACUACCGAAAAGAAGGAUAAGGUGAGCGUUUGGAAAGGUCUUCGUGAAGCUUGCACCGACUACCGCAUGUGGGUGUUCGCACUUAUGCAGAACCUCCACUUGUCCGCCAACGGCUUCAAGAACUUCCUGCCUACUGUUGUCCAGACUCUUGGUUUCAACCGUACGAUCACUCUCGUGCUUACGUGCCCGCCAUACUUGCUGUCUGCCUUUGUCUCUGUCGCUGUCUCAUGGUCAUCCGGACGAUUCAAUGAGCGCACCUGGCACAUCACUCUCUCAAAGACUGUUGCGAUCGUCGGCUUCAUGAUCGGAACACUCACGUUGAACAUUGGCGCUCGAUACUUCGCCAUGGUGCUCUUUGUCGGUGCCACUUAUGGAGUCAACAACAUCAACCUGUCCUGGACCGCUUCUGUACUCGGACAGACCGAUGAGAAGAAGGCUGUUGCCAUUGCUAUCGCGAACACAUUGGGAAAUCUGUCUUUCGUAUACACGCCAUAUCUCUGGCCAGAUAGCAGCAAACCCCGCUUCUCGAUGGCUAUGUGGGCCAGUGUUGGCUUCUCUGCCGGUGUCAUUGCCUGCGCUUGGGCACUGAGGUUCAUCUUGAUGAGGGACAACAGGAAGAUCCGUGCUCAGAACAACGAGGCUAUCAACUUCUACGUCUACUAAGGAUGAUUUCGAUCGAGGGAGGAGGUCUGCUGAAACUUAUUAUGGACUACUGUCUGCGAGCAAAC